AUGUUGAAAGUGGAUUUGCAAACGGCAUAUGACUCAAUUGAGUGGGUGUACCUAGAGCAAGUGCUGACUCUACUCCAAUUCCCAGAUGUAUUUGUUAAAUGGAUUAUGACAUGCCUAAGUUCAGUCACUUAUUCUAUUAACCUGAAUAUUUCACCUACACCACCUUUUGAUGCAAAAAGAGGAUUGAGACAAGGAGACCCCAUGUCUCUCUAUCUCUUUGUUCUGUCCAUCGAGUAUUUGAACAGGUUGUUCAAGCAGCUCCACAUUGAUAGAAGCUUUAAAUUUCAUCCCAGGUGUGCAAAAAUGAAAGUGAUACAACUGAGCUUUGCUGAUGACCUGCUCUUGUUUAGCAGGGGAGAUGCUCCAUCUGUACAAGCCUUAUUCUCUUGUUUUAACCAGUUCUCACAAGCAUCUGGGCUACAAGCAAACUUACAGAAGUGUUCUAUCUACUUUGGGGGAGUGAAACAAAGUGUCCAAGACCAGAUUUUGGAUAUACUCAAGGUCCCUAAAGGUGAGUUGCCUAUAAGAUACCUAGGGGUACCUUUAAGUACUAAAAGACUCUCCAUUGCUCAAUGUCAACCACUACUUGAUAAGAUGUUGGGCAAAGUAACCUCUUGGACAUCAAAGUUCUUGUCAUAUGCAGGAAGGCUUCAACUCCUCAAAGCUAUAUUAUUUUCAGUGCAAACAUAUUGGUCCCAAUUAUUCUCAUUGCCUAAGAAGAUACUGAAGAUUAUUGAGAGAAUUUGUAGGACAUACUUAUGGACUGGGGACAUUAAUAUUUCCAAAAAAGCCUUGAUUGCCUGGGACAAACUUUGUAUGCCAAAGAGUGUUGGUGGUAUGAAUGUGAUAAAUAUUCAGGUAUGGAACAAGGCUGCACUGUGUAAAAUGCUAUGGAAUCUGUGUAGGAAGAAAGAUGUGCUAUGGAUCCAAUGGGUCCACAUUUACUAUGGAAAAACUAGUUCACUAUGGGGACUAUGCCCUAAACAAGCCUGUUGGGUAAUCCAAAAAAUCCUCAAAGCCAAAACUUACAUAGAGGAAGUUGGGAUGACUGAAACUGAGCUAUUAGCCAUGCCUAAAUUCUCAAUCAAGAGGAUGUAUAACAAAAUGAUAGGAGAUUAUGAAAAAUUCAGGUGGAGAAGCCUCAUAUGCAACACCCCAGGAGCUCCCAAAUGGUUGUUUAUUCUACAACUUGUAGCACAUGGAAGAAUCUAUACUAGAGACAGGCUGAAUAAGUGGGGAAUGCAGGUGGAUCCAAUAUGCCCAUUGUGUGAAAAAGAACAGGAGAAUAUUGCUCAUCUAUUUUUCCGGUGUGACAUUUCCUGCUACGUAUGGGCAAAGGUGCUGAGAUGGCAAGGAAUUAAUAGAGCACCUCUGAAGUGGACAGAUGAACUCCAAUGGUGUGUGUCCAGGUACAAUGGCAAGAACAGUAGUGCAACAAUUUUCAGAAUCUCACUAGCUGCAGCAGUGUAUCAUUUAUGGCUAGAAAGGAAUCAGGUGGCUUUCCAUGGAAGAAGAAGAUCAAAUGAUAGCCUUGUGAAGUUGAUCAUCCAAGAGUGUUAUGUCAGAGCUAGCAUGAAGGCUAAACUAGCUAGUAGACUUACUGCUCUAGAUUGGUAUCCUAGGUGA